UAGCUCCGAAGGCCAUCGGUGAGGAGGCGGGGGGAAGCCGUAGCCAUGGCGGUGGCUGUGGCCAUGGUGGGAGCCGUAAACGGGACGGAGCUAGGCCCCGCGGAAGAACUCGCCAAACUCGAGUAUCUGUCUUUAGUGUCGAAGGUUUGCACCGAGUUGGACAAUCACUUGGGGAUCAACGACAAGGAUCUGGCUGAAUUUGUGAUCAGUCUUGCUGAGAAAAAUACCACCUUUGAUACUUUUAAGACUUCUCUGGUCAAAAAUGGUGCAGAAUUCACGGAUUCUCUUAUUAGUAACUUGCUGCGUCUCAUACAAACCAUGCGGCCUCCAGCAAAGCCUUCUACUAGCAAAGAUCCAGUUGUUAAACCCAAAACUGAGAAAGAAAAACUGAAAGAACUCUUUCCAGUCCUUUGCCAACCAGACAACCCUUCUGUUCGGACCAUGCUGGAUGAGGAUGAUGUGAAAGUUGCUGUGGAUGUCCUGAAAGAACUGGAGGCUUUAAUGCCCAGCGCAGCAGGCCAGGAGAAGCAAAGAGAUGCUGAGCACCGGGACAAGACAAAGAAGAAGAAGCGGAGCCGGAGUCGGGAGCGAGAGCGUGACCGUGACCGUGACCGUGACCGUGAUCGUGAUCGUGAUAGAGAACGAGACCGUGAUAGAGACCACAAGCGGAGACACCGGUCCCGCUCUCGAUCACGUUCCAGGACCCGUGAGAGGAAUAAAGGGAAGUCUAGAUAUCGGUCCAGGAGCAGAAGUCAGAGUCCCCCCAAAGACCGGAAGGACCGAGACAAGUAUGGGGAGAGGAAUCUGGACAGAUGGCGGGAUAAGCACGUGGACCGCCCUCCCCCGGAAGAGCCUGCUAUCGGGGACAUUUACAAUGGCAAAGUUACCAGCAUCAUGCAGUUUGGAUGCUUUGUGCAGCUAGAGGGACUAAGGAAGCGGUGGGAAGGCCUGGUGCAUAUUUCUGAGCUCCGGCGGGAAGGCCGUGUCGCUAAUGUGGCUGAUGUGGUGAGCAAAGGCCAGAGAGUCAAGGUCAAAGUGUUGUCCUUCACUGGGACCAAGACCAGUUUGAGCAUGAAGGAUGUGGAUCAAGAGACAGGGGAAGAUCUGAACCCAAAUCGACGACGAAAUCUUAUAGGGGAGACCAAUGAGGAGACUUCUAUGAGGAAUCCGGACAGACCCACUCACCUCUCCCUCGUCAGUGCCCCUGAAGUAGAGGAUGACUCGCUGGAGCGCAAGCGCCUUACCCGCAUCUCUGACCCAGAGAAGUGGGAGAUCAAACAGAUGAUUGCUGCUAAUGUGCUUUCCAAAGAAGAGUUUCCAGACUUCGAUGAAGAGACUGGCAUUCUUCCUAAAGUAGAUGAUGAAGAAGAUGAGGACCUUGAGAUCGAACUGGUUGAGGAAGAGCCUCCCUUCCUGAGAGGGCACACCAAGCAAAGCAUGGACAUGAGCCCUAUUAAAAUUGUUAAGAACCCGGACGGCUCGCUCUCUCAGGCAGCCAUGAUGCAGAGUGCCUUGGCCAAAGAAAGACGGGAACUCAAGCAAGCCCAGCGAGAAGCCGAGAUGGAUUCUAUUCCCAUGGGACUCAACAAACAUUGGGUUGAUCCUUUGCCUGAUGGUAGGACCCUAGGAGUGUGGGGGGUGAACUUAAAAAAAAAAUCUGACCCUUUAAAGUAUGCUGGGAGGGGCACUGCCAGCACAUACCAAAGAUUUAGCCUUGGGUUUGGUGAUUUGCUUUUUCCUUUAGUUAAACAGAGAGAGAGCCUGCCCAUCUACAAACUGAAGGAGCAUGCCUUUCAGGCUGUCCAUGACAAUCAGAUCCUGAUUGUUAUCGGAGAGACAGGAUCUGGGAAGACAACGCAGAUCACCCAGUACCUGGCGGAGGCGGGCUACACUUCCAGGGGCAAGAUUGGAUGUACUCAGCCCAGAAGAGUGGCAGCCAUGUCAGUGGCCAAAAGAGUGUCAGAGGAGUUUGGUUGUUGCUUAGGCCAAGAGGUGGGCUAUACCAUUCGAUUUGAGGACUGUACCAGCCCUGAAACAGUCAUCAAGUACAUGACAGACGGGAUGUUGCUCCGAGAGUGCCUGAUUGACCCCGACCUCACGCAGUAUGCGAUCAUCAUGUUGGAUGAGGCGCAUGAGAGAACAAUUCACACUGAUGUGCUCUUUGGAUUGUUGAAGAAGACUGUUCAGAAACGGCAGGACAUGAAGCUGAUUGUCACCUCAGCUACCUUGGACGCAGUGAAGUUUUCUCAGUACUUCUAUGAAGCUCCCAUCUUCACUAUCCCUGGUCGAACAUAUCCAGUGGAAAUAUUGUACACAAAGGAACCUGAGACAGAUUAUCUGGAUGCCAGCUUGAUCACCGUCAUGCAGAUCCAUUUAACAGAACCACCAGGUGACAUCCUGGUCUUUCUGACUGGUCAGGAGGAGAUCGACACUGCCUGUGAGAUCUUGUAUGAAAGAAUGAAAUCCCUGGGACCUGAUGUUCCAGAGCUGAUUAUCCUCCCAGUGUACUCUGCUCUUCCCAGUGAGAUGCAGACCCGAAUCUUUGACCCAGCUCCACCCGGCAGCAGAAAGGUUGUGAUUGCCACCAACAUUGCAGAGACAUCGCUGACUAUUGACGGCAUCUACUAUGUGGUGGACCCUGGAUUUGUGAAGCAGAAAGUUUACAAUUCCAAGACAGGGAUCGACCAGCUCGUGGUGACUCCUAUUUCUCAGGCUCAGGCAAAGCAACGAGCUGGCAGAGCUGGAAGAACAGGCCCAGGGAAGUGUUACAGGCUGUACACAGAACGAGCCUACCGAGAUGAAAUGCUGACCACCAAUGUGCCGGAAAUCCAGAGAACCAACUUAGCAAGCACAGUGCUCUCACUCAAGGCCAUGGGCAUCAAUGACCUUCUGUCCUUUGACUUCAUGGAUGCUCCACCAAUGGAAACCUUGAUCACAGCCAUGGAGCAACUGUACACACUGGGGGCCCUGGAUGAUGAGGGCCUGCUUACUCGCCUGGGCCGCAGGAUGGCAGAAUUCCCACUGGAACCAAUGCUGUGCAAAAUGCUGAUCAUGUCUGUGCAUCUGGGCUGCAGUGAGGAAAUGCUGACCAUUGUGUCCAUGCUGUCUGUGCAGAACGUUUUUUACAGGCCCAAGGAUAAACAAGCCCUCGCUGACCAGAAGAAGGCCAAAUUCCACCAAACCGAAGGAGACCACCUCACCCUGUUGGCCGUGUACAAUUCUUGGAAGAACAACAAAUUUUCCAACCCAUGGUGCUACGAGAACUUUAUCCAAGCUCGUUCUCUGCGCCGGGCCCAGGACAUUCGCAAGCAGAUGUUAGGCAUAAUGGACAGACACAAGCUGGAUGUGGUUUCCUGCGGAAAGUCCACAGUCCGAGUGCAGAAGGCCAUCUGCAGUGGAUUCUUCCGAAAUGCUGCCAAGAAAGACCCACAGGAGGGUUACCGGACACUGAUCGACCAGCAAGUGGUCUACAUCCACCCUUCCAGUGCUCUCUUCAACAGACAGCCGGAAUGGGUGGUGUACCAUGAGCUGGUGCUGACCACAAAGGAGUACAUGCGUGAGGUCACCACCAUCGACCCCCGGUGGCUGGUGGAGUUCGCUCCUGCCUUCUUCAAGGUCUCCGACCCGACGAAGUUAAGCAAGCAGAAGAAGCAGCAGCGCCUGGAACCCUUGUACAACCGCUACGAGGAGCCCAACGCCUGGAGAAUAUCCCGGGCUUUCCGGCGGCGCUGACAGGCAAGACUUGUUUGUCUCUCCUGCGGCAGUGGCCCAGGGCUUGGACUCACUCUUUUUGUUGAAAAGCUGACCAUGAGGAUACGAUCUUAACUGGACAUCUUCCAAACUUGAUUUGCAUUUCUUCCCUUGUGGUAAAAUAGAAACAGGGAUUUACGCCUGGUUUGACCAGAAUGUCCAGCCCGCACUACCCCAAGUCACUGGGGCCACCUGGGGCUCACAGCCAACACGGGGUACACUGUAUCAUCUCCAAGAAAGGGGUAACUUGUGCAGCCCUGGGAUGGGAAAUGGGUUUUGAGCAUCGGACACCUGGACAUGCAGACAGAUGGACACGAUGGGGACCCUGAUGUCCUAGCUGGUACUGCGUGGAGGAGGGAGCCAUGAAGCUCAUUGAAAGUGUUGGCCCCACUUCCUGCUCCUGUCCAGCCCUUGUACUUUCCCUUGACCUGAUAAUAUUUAUUUUCUUAAGGAAACAAAAAUGGUUUUCUGUGAAGAUUUCUUUGAGCUGAAAGGUUAGGAUAUUGGCCUGGACUCAGGGUGGGGGGACUUAGUAUCUGGGGCUUUGGUGUACAUGGUGGAGCGUCCCCUGAAACCAGAGCCCAGGGCCUCUUUAGGCUGAGAGGUGAUGCACAGCGCUGUUCUCCAGUCUUAGCACCUACGCUGUCCCAGCCCUGCCGCGGGUCGCCCCACGAUUAACCUCUUCCAUUGCACAGGCUCUCAGGUCUGGCGCCUGAGUGGUUACAGAUGCCACACAUUGAAUACAGAAGGCUGUCCCUGGCUCUCCCACCUACCACACUCACCAUGUGCAGCGUAUCCUAUUUCCUUUUGAAACGUGCGAGUAAUCACAAAGCUUUUAUUUUGUUUUCCCUGAGGUCCUUGAUGGGCUUUAACAAAGGGUUUUUAUGGUCAAAGCUUCCCCUCCCUUGUCCCAAACAGAAAACGAACAGGACACCUCUCAGAGCCGGCUUGUGCUGCCCAGCAUCUGUGCUCUGGGUCUCUCGCUGAGUGGUGUGCUCUUAGCGUUCUGUUGUGGAAUAACCACUUCCCAGUGCCCAGUUAUUUUUAAAUUUUUAUUAUUAUUUUUUUUUAGAGAGAGAGACAGAAACAUUGAUUUGUUGUUGCACUUAUUUAUGCAUUUGUUGGUUGCUUGUAUGUGCCCUGACCGAAGACUGAAUCCACAACCUUGGCAGAUCAGAGCAACACUCUGCCCAACUGAGCUACCCGGCCAGGGCUUCUCCCAUUUUUGAGGAGGCUCUUGACGAGGAAGAACAUCAGGCAGAGGCUGCCAGGCCGGGCUGCGGGACGUCUGGAAAGCUGCUCUGGAUGUGGAGCUUGUUUAGAAGCCCCUGGGCAGUCAGGCACCUUGGAUGUUGCCUGCACUACCUCCCCCAUUCUAGUAAGUUCUGAAAUUAUCUAAAUCCUAGAACUGCCAUAGAAGUGUAGCCAGACAUUGAAAGACUAUGCAACAUUGCAGGAAACGAAGGAAUGUAGGCUGUCAUUGGGCCGCAGACAAAUCGCUCUAAAGACACAAUUCAGAGAACCCAGUGAGAGGAAUACAGGCCAGGGAGUCUGCCGACAGGUCCCUGCCCCUCUUGAGCUGAGCGUGAGCCUUCGAUUCUGCUUGAGUGCGCUCCUCAGGAAGCCCAGGCCUGUAAUUAAGGGCAGGGGGAUGUUUGUGUGCUAACACUUAAGGCCUUAAAGGGAGAAGAGGGCAGGGGCCGACAGAGGAAACGGAAAAGGCCGUAUUGGCCGGGCACCCAGCUCCCCAGUCUUAAUUCCAGCCCAGGUCUCCAGGAACCAACUCUGGGCUUCAUAGCCCACCUGUCCCAGAUGAGUGACCAGCACUGAUGGCAUUGGCACCUCUGAGAUCAUAAUCCCUGAAGAUGGACUUUGUGGAUAAGCUCAGGUUGCGAAGGGGAUGUUUAACAGGCCAAGGUGAGAGGCAGGGCUGGUCAUCUUUCUGGGUUUUUGGUACGAAAAAUGAAGGAUCCUAGCUCUGUGGGUGCUCUUGAACAUCCCCCCCUUCUCUGCUAUCACAUGGUGGGGUCUGACCUGACUGUCCAUCAGAAAACGCAUUGCCUAGUCUGCUCAGAAGGGGGCUUGCAGCAAUUCAGGACUCUGGCCUGCUGCUUCCACACAACGGGGCCCUUGUUUCUCUUCCUUGAACCAAUAUUACCCGAGGUUGAGUGACAACCCAGGAGAGGAUGUGGGUCUCAUGCAGGGAGCUGGAAUCUUCUUGGCCAUUAAAGUCUACUGUUCACUGCACCCCUGCGGGAGCCCAGCUCAGGAGUUUCCUGCCCCUGCACAUGUGCUGAGUCCGUGCUUGUUUGUGGAUGUGGGGGGACCGUCCCAGGGGGCAUGUGUGAGCUCUACUGCUGGGUCAGGCUUCUCGGCCCUGGGUUCACCUUCAUCCAGUCUGGAGCACGUUUGGUUUGGGCUCUUUCCUUUGGCCCGAGGAGUUUCCUCGGGGGCUGGUGUAGCUGUCUCAGAGCAGCGCCCCUCCAAGUUUAAAGCUUUGAACAGAGUUGUGAAGAGUGGCUUGUUCGUGAACAUUUUAGAGGUCAGAGGUCACAGGUCUCAGCCUGCGAGACGUUUUCCAUGAUGCUGAUUCUCAUCUAAAUCCCUGUGUCACGUGCAGUGCUCAGGACCUGUUUCCAUUCAGAUUUUACACCUCCUUCUCGCUGUGAUAUCCUGGCUUUAACGUGGAAUUAAAUUAUAUAUAAUUAUA